AUGGCUAAAGCUAUUGACAGUUUUAUGGCCAUGGAUUUUGAAAAAAGUCAAUAUUUUAUCCAGCAUUAUAAGGAUAUAAUAAAUUCAAACACGGAAUGCUUGAAAGCAGAAAUGCUUGUAGGAAAAAACUGCUUAAAAAACAGUACAGAUGGCAUAAAAAAAAUAGUAAAUCAAGAAGUAUUUCCUAACUUGUAUAAGUUAAUGCAGGUUGCAUUAACGAUCCCGGUCAGUUCUGCAACAUGUGAGCGAAGUUUUUCCUUCAUGAGGCGGUUAAAAAAUUGGAUGAGAACCAGCAUGGUACAACAGCGUUUUACCAACUUAAGCGUAAUUAAUAUUGAGAGAGAUCUUGCAAACAAAAUUGUUCCCGAAGAAAUACUAAACACAUUUGCUAAGAUUGACAGAAGAUUAUGUUUAACACUUUAA